AUGCCUACUAUUGCUGAAACAACAACCCCCGUGGUACCUAUCACAGAGGCUAAGCUCUCCCUCAAGGGGCCAGAGCGUGCUCCUCUAAAGCCUAGCGGUGCCCUUGACGCCUUUGAGUCAUUCGAUGUCACUCCGGUCAUUGGACGCGAGUUCCCAAACGCCAACCUGAAGGACUUCCUGCGUGCUCCAAACUCCGACGAGCUGCUCCGUGACCUUGCCAUCACUGUAUCUCAGCGCGGUGUUGUCUUCUUCCGGAAACAAGACGGCCUUGACGAUGACCUGCAAAAGGAGCUCGUUCAGCGACUUGGCGAACUCUCCGGCAAGCCCAAGACUUCAGGUCUACACAUCCACCCCAUCAGCAACGCGGGCCGCGAACACAACGACAACGUCAAGGAUAACGAGAUCAGUGUUAUUAGUUCGCAACAGCGACAGAAAUACUACACCGAUCGCAACCAACGCAGACAAAGUGCUCGGCGAGAGUGGCAUAGCGAUAUUACCUUCGAGCCUAUCCCAAGUGACUACACUCUUCUGCGUCUGACCGAGCUACCCAAAACAGGCGGUGAUACCCUCUGGGCAUCCGGCUAUGAAGUCUACGACCGCAUCUCGGAACCAUACCAGAAAUUCCUCGAGAGUCUGACAGCAACAUAUGCCCAGCCUCGCUUCAAUGAAAUCGCCUCGAAUAACGAUUUCAGGGUCCACCCUGGACCUCGUGGUGCACCGGAGAAUGUGGGCGAGGUCCUCAGCGCUCAGCACCCUGUUAUUCGUACGAACCCGGUGACGGGCUGGAAAAGUGUGUUUGCCGUUGGUACUCACGUUCAGAAAGUUAAUGGGGUUACUGAAGAAGAGAGCGCACAUUUACUAAACUGGUUUGUGAAUCUGAUUGUGGAGAAUCAUGAUUUGCAAGUACGCUUCCGUUGGCAGAAUCCGAAUGAUUUGGCGAUUUGGGAUAAUCGUUCGGCUUAUCAUGCUGCUACGUGGGAUUAUGAGGAUCUUGGUCCGAGGACUGGGCACCGGGCUGUUGGGCUUGGGGAAAGGCCAUACUUUGAUCCUAACAGUGUUAGCAGACGGGAGGCACUUGCGAAAGCAGAAUGA